UGUUGCCAACGACCAGUGUUGCCAACGACCCGUGUUGCCAACGACCAGUGUUGCCAACGACCAGUGUGGCCAACGACCCGUGUUGCCAACGACCCGUGUUGCCAACGACCAGUGUUGCCAACGACCCGUGUCCAACGACCAGUGUUGCCAACGACCCGUGUCCAACGACCAGUGUUGCCAACGACCAGUGUCCAACGACCAGUAUUGCCAACGACCCGUGUUGCCAAUGACCAGUGUUGCCAACGACCAGUGUUGCCAACGACCAGUGUUGCCAACGACCAGUGUUGCCAACGACUCGUGUCCAACGACCAGUGUUGCCAACGACCAGUGUUGCCAACGACCCAUGUCCAACGGCCAGUGUUGCCAACGACCAGUGUUCUUCAGAGUGUUGGGUGGACAGAGUAACUGGGCGGAAGUGGCACCUUAUAUGUGUUAA